AUGGAAUUCAACGCCUUUGCUGAGCAGAUCCGAUCUGGCCGUCAGGCUAAGUUUCCCACCAACGCAAGCACCCUCUCAUUUGCGCAGCAGCUUGACGCCCAAGACAAGCUAGCACAUUUGCGCGAUGAGUUUAUCAUUCCGACCAAAGCAAUCAUCACAGAUCCAUUGCUGAUUGCUCAAAAAGACAAUCAAAUUCUCAACGGUCAUGUAAAAGAGGUCAAUGGCACAAACGGAGUUCAUACAUCAACUUCAGAUGACGAGAAGCCAUCAGUCUACUUCUGCGGUAAUUCAUUGGGAGUUCCACCCAAAGCAGUCAAGGAUUACGUUCAUGCUCAAUUGGAGACCUGGGCAUCGAUUGGGGUGAAUGGUCAUUUUCAGGGGCUUGAAAACUCACCGCUUGUAUGCUGGCAAGACAUGGCAGAGGAUGUCGCGAAGAAAAGUGCGGACAUUGUUGGCGCUCUACCAGAAGAGGUUGUCAUGAUGAACACUCUGACCGCAAACUUGCAUUUUUUGAUGGCCAGCUUCUAUCGACCGACGGAAAAGAAGCACAAAAUUAUCCUUGAAUGGAGGCCAUUUCCAAGUGAUCACAUCCAGUGGCAUGGAUUGGAUCCGUCCAAGUCUAUGGUCCAGAUCCAGCCCGAUGAGAACUUCUACAUCUCCACCGAUCUCAUUAUGAAGACAAUUGACGAGCACGCGGAGGAGACAGCCCUCAUCCUACUUCCUGGUAUACAAUACUACAGUGGCCAGCUCUUCGACAUACCCCGCAUCACCGAAUACGCUCAGUCCAAGGGUAUCAUUGUUGGUUGGGACUUGGCCCAUGCUGCUGGAAACGUCGAGUUACGGCUUCACGAUUGGAAUGUUGACUUUGCCGCAUGGUGUACUUACAAGUACCAGAAUGCUGGACCGGGGUCAAUGGCCGGCGCGUUUGUCCAUGAAAAACACGGAAAAGUUGACACCAGUGAGGGUAAGCCCAAGUUUCGCCACAGGCUCACCGGGUGGUACGGAGGCGACAAAUCGGUGCGCUUCAACAUGGACAACAACUUCCUUCCCACUGUUGGCGCUGGCGGUUUCCAGGUCUCAAAUCCCUCGGCUAUUGAUCUUGCCUCACUCUCAGGCGCUCUAUCAGUAUUCAGCAAGACGACCAUGACCGACUUACGGACGAAGUCUCUGGUACUAACCGCGUAUGCGGAGCAUCUUCUCGAUGGCAUCUUGGCAGACGGCACGGGUAGCGAACCAUCAUUCAGAGUUCUUACGCCAAGAAACGCUCAUGAGCGAGGUGCUCAGCUGAGCGUUCUGCUCAAGGAUGGCCUGCUGGAACAUGUCGUGGAAGCUUUUGUUGAUGAAGGGAUCGUCUGUGACAAACGCAAGCCAGGAGUCAUCCGCGUUGCGCCAGUGCCAUUAUAUUGCACCUUCCAAGACGUGUGGAAGUUCAUGGAUACUCUGAGAAAGGCGAUUGUUUGA